AUGAUUCCCGCUCCAUUGCCUCAUCGCGUUAGACUCCUUCCAUGUUCCCCUUCCCACUCCACCCCCCUACCCUACCCACCUCCCCCCCUUUUUUCCUCUCCCUCCCCCAUUCCAUCCCCCCCCCCACCCCCCUCCUCCCCUCUACUCCCCCCCUCCUCCCUGCGCCUUCCCCGUCUUCCCGCAUUCUCCCUCGCCAGUUCUCUCUCGCAGGUGCCCAUGCAUGAAGUCACCUUCUCCACUGUGGACCGACCUAAGCUGCUCAGUCAACUGUCGGCAGUGCUGGCGGACGUGGGGUUGAACAUCCGAGAGGCGCAUGUUUUCUCCACCUCUGAUGGGCUCUCCCUCGACGUCUUUGUCGUUGACGGCUGGCCCUCCGAGGAUGUGGUGGAGAUGCGGGCGGCACUCAUGCGAGCAGCACAGCAAGCGGGGGAAAAUGGUGCGCAGUCAACCCUUCCAGAAGCAUCCGGCCAAUCGAACCCCGCCAUGUCAGAAUCCACAGGCGUGCCGGUGUCCACGUCAGCAGCCACAGCAGCAGCAGGACACGUGGCAGCCUCCAGUUUGUCCGGGGCGGACUCGCGUGUGCGCAUCCCAUCGGACGGGCGGGACGAUUGGGAGAUUGACAACGACCAGCUGAAGCUGCAGCACAAGAUCGCCUCGGGGUCCUUUGGAGACCUCUACCGCGGCACGUACUGUGGGCAGGACGUGGCAAUCAAGAUUCUCAAGGCCGAGCGGCUGAACGACACAUUGCAGCAGGAGUUUGCUCAGGAGGUGUUCAUCAUGCGGAAAGUACGCCACAAGAAUGUGGUUCAAUUUAUUGGGGCCUGCACCAAGCCUCCAAACCUCUCCAUUGUCACCGAGUUCAUGGUGGGCGGCAGUGUGUACGACUAUCUACACAAGCACCGCGGCAGUAUGAAGCUGCCCAUGGUGCUGCGUGUGGGCAUGGACGUGGCCAAGGGAAUGGACUUUCUGCACAAGAACAACAUCAUUCACCGCGACCUUAAGGCUGCAAAUUUGCUCAUGGAUGAAAACGAUGUGGUGAAGGUGGCGGACUUUGGAGUGGCGCGAGUGAAAGCCAACAGUGGCGUCAUGACAGCAGAGACUGGCACCUACCGCUGGAUGGCACCUGAGGUGAUUGAGCACCGGGCAUAUGACCACAAGGCGGAUAUUUUCAGCUUUGGCAUCACGAUGUGGGAGAUGCUGACUGGCAAGCUGCCCUAUCCAGACCUCACACCGUUGCAAGCAGCAGUCAGCGUCGUUCAACGAGGCCUGCGGCCACCCAUCCCCAAGGGCACACACCCUCGGUUGGCAGAUCUCUUUGAGCGCUGCUGGGCUACCAACCCCUCCGACCGGCCUGAGUUCUCCGAGAUCAUCCGAGUCAUUGCCGAGAUUGCACAGGAGCUGGAGGAGGAUGGAGAGGCCGACCAACAGAGACGCGAGAAGCGCGGAGGGUUCUUUGCUUCAUUCAAGAGAGCAGGGUCGGGACCUAGGUGA